AUUGACGUGUUCGAGUUGAACGACAAUUGGCCCAAUCACUACACUUCGGUUAGGCGGCUCUGGAUUCUUCGUGUUCAUCAGUCAGGCAAGCGACGAUUUGCUUGUUGAAUCAAAACUAGAGAAUCGAAAGCAUCGUUUACGGUCCAAAUCUGAGAGAAGAUAGAAGCUGAACCAGACAACGGAAGAAAGGGGAAAUGGUUUGUGUAUUAUCUUCUGCUAUUUCACUUCACAGUCCCUUUCUACACAAAUCCAAGCUAUCCGCCCCUCUCUCUCUAAGAUCCUCUCUGCCGAAUGCAAAACUCACGUUUAAUCCUGCCGCUAAACAGAGCUCGAUAUGUUCUAAUCCGAUCAGAUGUUUGACCAGGUUUGGUUUCGGUAGCGACGUGAGUUCGACGUUGGCGAUUAAUAAGAAGAGGAGGCGUGGUUUGAGUGCUGUAUGUUACGCGAUGCCUCUUUCUGCUCGCAAUCUUCAGUGGAUCUCUACUAUUUCUUCUGUGAUUUUAAUGCUCGCAAGGGGGACUGGGAUCCAGAAGUCAUUUAUCGUUCCGCUAUUUGCUCUUCAGGCUCCUGCAAGUGUUAUCUCGUGGAUUAAAGGAGAAUAUGGCAUUUGGAGCGCAUUUUUGGCCCUUCUUGUUCGUCUGUUUUUCUUCAUCCCUGGUGAACUCGAAAUACCAUUCAUAUCAUUACUUUUGGUGAUUGUGGCCCCAUAUCAAGUCCAAAACUUAAGGGGAACUCAAGAAGGGACCAUCAUCUCACUACUGAUUGCAGCAUAUUUGGCUUUCCAGCAUUUCUCUCGAGCUGGCAGCUUUCGGAGAGCUUUUGAUCAGAAUUCAAUUGUUGCAACAGUGGCAAUCAUUUGUGUAACGGCUGUCUCAUUCCUGCUCGUGAUCUGAGUUCUUCAGUCACUCCCAAGUGAAGCCUGAGUACAAUGCCUCUUCCCUGGAAAACCAACCUAAAAGCUUCCAAAUGGAAUUGACUUAUCGAUAUCCUUUUAUUGGUUAAAAGCUUCCAAAAUGGAAUUGACAUAUCUAUAUCCCCUUAUUGACUAACAAUGUAAAUUAUCGUAUAGCUAGCAUGUGACCUAUUUAUUUCUUUAGUCUACUAAUUUGUGUUCCUGUGGACUUAGUUUU